UCAAGGCAAGGGUUUCUUUACUUUCAUCACAGACUGAGACAGUCGCCAAAACAGUUAAACGGACCGCCAGUUAUCCGAUCCCAAAACAAACGCCAUGAGCAUCGUCCCGAAGGAGACAAUCGAAGUCAUAGCUCAAAGCAUCGGAAUCAGCAAUUUGUCCUCCGAUGCAGCUCUAGCUCUCGCACCCGAUGUCGAGUACCGACUCCGCGAAAUCAUCCAGGAAUCAAUCAAAUCCAUGCGCCAUUCCCGUCGAACCACCAUCACUGCAGAUGAUGUCGACGCCGCUCUCACCCUCAGAAACGUCGAGCCGGUGUACGGAUUUGCUUCGGGAGGGCCGCUGCGGUUCAAGAGAGCAAUUGGGCACAAGGAUUUGUUCUACAUUGAUGACAAGGAUGUGGAUUUUAAGGAUGUGAUUGAGGCUCCUUUGCCGAAAGCACCGCUCGAUGCUUCACUUGUUUGUCACUGGUUAGCUAUUGACGGUGUGCAGCCUGCUAUCCCUGAGAAUGCUCCACUGCAAGUUAUUGCUCCUCCGUCUGAGGGGAAAAACUUUGAACCGAAGAAUGAACUUCUUCCAGUGGAUAUAAAGUUGCCUGUGAAGCACGUAUUAUCAAGGGAAUUACAGCUUUACUUUGACAAAAUCACAGAGCUGACUUUGAGAAGGUCCGAUUCUCCCCUCUUUAAGCAAGCAUUAGUCAGUCUAGCUACUGAUUCGGGACUUCACCCACUAGUUCCUUAUUUCAUUUGCUUCAUAAAGGACGAGGUUUCCAGAGGUUUACAGGAUUUCUCCCUUCUCUUUGCUUUGAUGCGUGUUGUUUCGAGUCUCCUUCAGAAUCGACACAUCAACAUUCAGCUUUAUCUACACGAUUUGAUGCCAUCUGUUGUGACCUGCCUUGUUGCAAGACGGUUGGGGAAUAGACUGGCGGACAACCACUGGGAACUAAGGAACUACACGGCUAACCUAGUUGCCUCAAUAUGCAAAAGGUUUGGGCAUGUUUAUAAUGAACUUCAGACGAGGGUAACAAAAACAUUGAUUAAUGCGCUUCUGGACCCCAAAAAGUCGUUGACUCAGCAUUAUGGAGCAAUUCAAGGGUUGGCAGCAUUAGGGUCCAACGUGGUCCGCUUACUUUUACUAUCGAAUCUAGAGCCUUACCUGCGACUCCUUGAACCAGACAUGCUUCUCGAGAAGCAGAAGAACGAGAUGAAGAGGCAUGAAGCUUGGCGUGUCUACGGGGCCCUAUUGUGUGCUGCUGGUCAAUCUGUAUAUGAAAGAUUGAAACUGUUUCCAACUCUGCCCUCCAUUCCACCACACACUGUAUGGAGGACGAACCACAAGGUGUUUACUGGAAGACCUAAUAAACGCAAGGAAACCACUGAAAUCGAGGAGCAACCUCAAGUGAAGAAGAUAAGAUCUACUGAUGGCCCAGUUGAUAUGGCAGUAACUUCUGGUUCCUCACCAUCUCAAAUGCAAAUUGUCACAACAGGUGAACCUUUUAAUGAUGCCAAUGCUGGGCCGUCAACCACCAUCCAGCAAGAAAAGAAUGGCGGUGAAUCGGGACAGAAAGACAGGAGAGAUGAGGGAGAUCGUCGAGCACUGAAGAAGUCAGCCAUUGUGGAUCUAGUAUGGAAGGAUGACCUGAAUUCGGGGCGUCUUCUAGUGUCAUUGUUUGAUUUGUUCGGUGAAGGUACUCUCUCCUUCAUUCCUGGCCCUGAGAUGUCGCUAUUCUUGUGACCUACUUGUAUAAAUCGAUGGAUUCUAGAAUCUUGUAUACAGCUUGAAAUCUAGGUUUUGUAGUGAAUACAAAUAUGCUUCUCGA